UAUUUACAACUUCAAAAAGCGCAUGCGCGUAAAAUAUCCUUUGGCAAAUGUCGCUUCCUUACUUCACUGUUCCUUCAAGUAAAUGUCAAGUGUUUGGUAAUAGCUGUUCAUAACAUUGACGUCAUAACCGUGGGACAAUAAUAAAAUUUCUUUAAAUUUCGAGUGAAAACAAAACGGAAAACCAAAACAAAAUAUGAAAUUAACAUUGACACGUUAUCGUAUCCUUUUGGGUCUGCAAUUCUCCUUACUUAUUGCCGAUUUAUUUUUUAAUACAUUUGCCCAUUUGUUGUUGCCGCAAAAGUUACAAUUGACUAUAUUGUUGUUUGUGACAAAGGACUUGUUUAUAAUAUGUGAAUAUUUGUUCUUUACAUUCGCUGUCCAUGCCACCUGUGUCUAUGAGGUUGGAGCCACUCAUGUCAUUCUCAGGAAUUGUAAAUUCUUCCUGUUUACAAUUCUUUUAUAUUUUUUAUUGUCGGUUUCGCAACAUUUCUGGUUCGUCUACCAUGCCUUGUGGUAUCCCAUGUCGGAUUGGUCAUCAACCAUGAAGGCUUUAUCAUUUGUUCAAAGAACAGUUUCAUUUUUCUAUUAUUACACCUACAAACGUACAGCCCUGACCAUAUCCGAUCCAAGAUAUUAUGAGGAAAAUAUUGACUGGAUUGCCGAACAGUUAAGUGAUAAAUAAAGUGGUGGACGAGUUGUGUGGAUUUAAAAAAUCUAAACAUGUAGUAAUAAAAUUGAAUACAAUUGUAAGUUAAGGAAAUGUGUGAAAAAAAAAACCAAGAAAACAAUAAAUAAAUAAUAAUUAUAUGUUUAUGUUGUUA